GCGACUGUUUAUGAAACUGAUGACAACUCAUGGCAACUAAUUUCACAUUUUCGAUGCUGUUGUCAUGGCGAUCCUUGUUUCCGCACGCCGCGGUUUCUCGGAAGAGGACGCUUUCUUCUGUACCUGCCGGAGCUCUGAGUUUUGUACCAGUGAGCGAUUCCAUAAACUCAGUCGCCCUGGAACGUCUCCGGGAUUUUGUUUCGAGAUCCUCUCGCCUCUUCGUCAUCACCGGCGCCGGGCUCUCGACUGAAUCUGGCAUUCCGGACUACCGUUCCGAAGGCGUGGGCCUGUACGCGAGGACAGACCGGCGGCCCAUGCAGCACGCGGAAUUUGUCCGGAGCGCCAAGUCUAGGCAGCGCUACUGGGCGCGGAAUUACGUGGGCUGGCCACAGUUCUCUUCCCACCAGCCCAACACAGCCCACCGGACCCUGCGCGAGUGGGAAGAAAGCGGGAAAGUGCACUGGCUGGUCACACAGAACGUGGACGCACUGCACUCUAAAGCCGGGCACCAGAGACUCACCGAGCUGCACGGCUGUGCGCACAGGGUGGUGUGUCUGGGCUGUGAGAGUGUGACGGCGAGAGCGGAGCUACAGAAGCGGUUCACGGAGCUGAAUCCCGGGUGGGAGGCCAGCGCAGGGGGGGUAGCACCAGACGGGGACGUGUUUUUAGAGGACGAACAGGUGCUCCAUUUUAGGGUGCCCUCCUGCCAGGCGUGCGGCGGCAUCCUGAAACCCGAGGUGACAUUUUUCGGCGACACGGUGAAAAAGUCGACAGUGCAGUUCGUACACGACAGGCUUGCUGAGUCUGACGCUGUGCUGGUGGCCGGAUCUUCGUUGCAGGUGUAUUCCGGGUACCGUUUUCUCCUGGCCGCUAGCGAGAGGGGAAUCCCCGUGGCGAUCCUGAACAUCGGUACGACCAGAGCCGACCACCUGGCAGAACUCAAAGUCAGCGCUCGCUGCGGGGAGGUUCUGCCUUUAGUACUGCCCCACUAA